AGGGCCGUCCCCGCCCAGGCCGCCUGGGAAUCAGACUGCGGCCGCAAAGCGCUGAGUCACGGCCGAGCGCCCCACCCGCGCGCCGGCCAGCUCCUGGCGACCCGCGCCGCGCAGAGGCUCCGGUGCCGCCGCCGCGCCCCUCCUGGGCCGCCGCUGUCGCCGCCUCAGCAUCUGAACACUCUUCAGACUUUGGCAUGGAGUCCUCCAAGAAGGUCACUUUCUCAGUGCUCAGCUGGGAGCAGCCGGAAGGGGUUGGAGCACGGGUCCGCAGAAGCAUUGGCAGGCCCGAGUUAAAAAAUCUGGAUCCAUUUUUACUGCUUGAUGAAUUUAAAGGCGGUAGACCAGGUGGAUUUCCUGAUCACCCUCAUCGUGGUUUUGAAACAGUGUCUUACCUCCUGGAAGGGGGCAGCAUGGCCCAUGAAGACUUCUGUGGACACUUUGGGACAUUGAACCCCGGAGAUCUGCAGUGGAUGACGGCGGGCCGGGGUAUUCUGCAUGCUGAGAUGCCUUGCUCGGAGGAGCCAGCGCAUGGCUUGCAACUGUGGGUUAAUUUGAGGAGCUCUGAGAAGAUGGUGGAGCCUCAGUACCAAGAACUGAAAAAUGAAGAUAUCCCUAAACCCAGUAAGGAUGGUGUGACCGUUGCUGUCAUUUCUGGAGAAGCCCUGGGAAUAAAGUCCAAGGUUUUUACUCGCACACCAACCUUAUAUUUGGACUUCAAAUUGGACCAAGGAGCAAAGCAUUCCCAGCCUAUUCCUGAAGGGUGGACAAGCUUCAUCUACACCAUAUCUGGAGAUGUGUAUAUUGGGCCUGAUGAUGCACAACAAAAGGUAGAACCUCAUCACACAGCAGUGCUGGGGCAAGGGGACCAUGUCCAGGUAGAGAACAAGGAUCCCAAGAGAAGCCAUUUUGUCUUGAUUGCUGGAGAGCCAUUAAGAGAACCAGUCGUGCAACAUGGUCCAUUUGUGAUGAACACGAAUGAAGAGAUUUCUCAGGCCAUUCUCGAUUUCAGAAAUGCAAAAAAUGGAUUUGAAAGGGCCAAGACCUGGAAAUCAAAGAUUGGAAUCUAGUGAAGAACACAAGAGAAGGUCUUUAUGCUUCUUAGGAUUUUGCUGUUUGUAAUUUCCAACCAUUCAAGACAUUCAGUUUCUAAAGCUGACUUAACUGGUACUUGGAAACAGUUGCAUACGAAAGUGGUAUUAUGGAUUCUGUAGCAGCGCGUGUAGGGCAUCUCUUGGUACACAUGAAUAAACCUAACCAUCACUUCUUUAAAAA